AUUGGUGGUCAGCGUCUCCACCAGGCGGUGGAUCACCGCGUCCCGCGUCCGCUGCGUGGGUGGCCAGAUCUUGAGGGAGAGCGAGGGGACCACGCCGAUGCCGGUGUCUCCAGCCCCUCCGAUUCGGAUAACGUCUCUUCGGCAGCGGCGGAUUCGGCCAUGGACGGCGAGGGGAGAAUGAUCGGACCGGGAUCGGCGAGUAGAGCGAGUGUGGGGAAGUGAUGGUGAAAGGUCGGCAAAGCUACUGGUUGCUGAAGACGGAGCCGGCGGAGUGGUCCUGGGAAGACCAGCGCUCCAACGGCGGCGUCUCCACCUGGGACGGCGUCCGGAACCGCCAGGCCCUCAACCACAUGAAGUCCAUGCGCCUUGGCGACCGCUGCUUCUUCUACCACUCCGGCGGAGGCGCCUCCGCCCGCCGCAUCGUCGGCGUCGUCGAGGUCGUCAAGCAGUGGUACCUCUCUUCAGUCCCCGACUCCUUCAGAGGCGGCAGAGGAGGAGACGCGGCAGGGGCGGUGGACGUCCGGUCGCUGGGUGAGAUGAGGCGCCCCGUCGAACUCCGACAGAUCAAGGCGGAAGCCGACGCCAUGAAGGGUUUCGCGCUACUGAAACAGCCGCGGCUGUCCGUGGUACCCGUGCCCGAGGGGAUCUGGGAACGUAUUUGCGAGAUGGGCGGCGGAUACGGAGAGACGACGGAGGAGGAGGAGGCGGAGACGGCGACUCCACCACCACCGUCGUCUCCACCGGCUAACAAAUGAAUUAAGACAGAUCGGUUUCAGGAAGUCUGGAAACCCUAGUUUUGGUACGAGAAGAUGAAAGAAGCAGCAGUGGAGUAGGCCAACUACUUAACCUCAUCAAGCGAUGGAUUGCAUAUGUAUAUAUCCUUUUGUUUGGGAUGGGGAUAUGCAUAUCCUUUCUUUUGUUUUGGGAUCGGGAAAUGUCUCAUACGGUUAUGUUGCUUCUUUCUUUUUGAUCUUAAGGAUACUGAAUUCUUAUUCUCGGUCAAUCGAGUGCUGAAGUUUGGAUCUU